UACGCCGACAUUUUCUAUUUUUGCAUUCUCUGCAAGGAUUUUCUUAGACUGUAGACAGUACUUUAUGAUGUUUUUUUAGUGAUGUUCGUUGGUCACAAGUGAACUGUGCAUGUUUGUGUUUUAGACCGUGGUUUUCAGUCAUAUGUUGUUGUACCAGUGCUUUUUUUAAAAAAUAGUAGAAUCUGUGAUAAAAACAGUUGCCCUAGCUCAAAUUCAAAGCCCGAAUUUAUAUUAAGAUAGUGGAGACAUGUCUGUGAUGUCCAUCGUGAAGUCUCAACAAAAAAGUGAUACGAACAACGGUGGUGAUGACAUAAUGACGAUGUCCUACAGCGAAUCUGAUACUACAGUGGAGGUAGUAACAAGUUCUAGAAAAGAAUCUUUACCACAGUUUCAGUACAGCAGGGAACAACUUAUUGAAUUUGGCCGGAGUCCUUUAGCAAAAGUAAGACCUGAAUGCUUAGACCCUGCGUUUAACAAUGCUCGUGGUGUGUGGGACCCAGAGCUUUGGCACCUAGAGAGGAAGCGAUCUGAAACACCUCCAGAUGACAGAGGUAUAAGAGGAGAUCCUGCAGAUACUCACAAGCGUAGAUCUGGUGAUCCAAGGGAACGAAUUCGGAAAGAGCAAGACGGUAUUAUUCUAAGUCCUCAGCGCCGAAGUUUUAACUCGGGUUGCUAUGUUGCACCAGCUCAACAAACCCUAGGCCGUCGAUCUGAAAGCCCUACAAAUAAGUCAGAGCGUGAAAGGGAUCCAAGCCACCGUGAAGUGCAGUCAAGACGUAUUGGCAGUGGUCGUAUUGUCACUAGAGAUGUCUGGGACUUCCGUUUAGAUAAAGAGCAAGACCAGAGUUCCAGUGAGUUUGGCUUUCAGCGAAAUAGUACAUCUUCAAGAGAUGAGAGGUUUGACCGUCGAUCAUUUGGAAGAGAUUUUGAUCGUGAUAAAGACAAGUCCAGGGGGGAAAGGAACCGUUACAAUGACAAGAGAAGAGCUUACAGUGACAGCAAAGAAGAAGAACCAGAGUGGUUCUCAGGUGGACCAACUUCACAGAAUGAUAAAAUAGACCUUGGAGGAUUUGGAGAUUUUUGUGAUGAUGGCAGUCUCGGAAGACCAACAAGAAAGAGUGCUUCACAAAAAUCUGGAAAGAGUAACCGUUCAAGUGGAAGAAAACUUUCAGAACCGUCACCUCCUGUAAGUGCCGGACAAAGUUCAGCUUUAUCACGCAGGACUCCAACACCACCUGGAAACCGCAGUGGGGCAGUCGCACAGCCAACACAGUCUCAUUCGCCUAUUGCUGAAGAGACUCCUCGAUCACCUGAGAGGCCAUUGCCUGAGAAGGGGCCACUUUCACCAGAUCUGCCGUCAGACCAGGAUUCUGGUCUUCCAGCAGAACAGCUUCCCCAGUCGAACAACAGUAGUUUUUCUCACCAGCAUCAAGGUCUUGACUUCAAUCUUGAUGAGUUCCUCAAAAGUGAUUCUGUACCUGGCUUGCUGGCAAAUGGUGCUGUAAAUGACAGCUCUGGUGGAUCAAGAUUCAGCCAAUGGUUUCGGCGGGAGAGCCCUGUUAACAGACAAGCAGAAAGUAGGUGUUCCUCCAUUCAAGAUGAGCUCCUUAAUAAUUUAAUCAGUGAUAUAACUGAGCCGGCAAUAGUUAUACCACCCUUGAGUGAGUCAGACACGUACUUCACUCCUAUAUCACCAGCUGAAAGCACAGUUACCCAGCAAAAUCUUAAUGUCAGCACAGACUCUGACAAUACACAGAAGUCAUCACUGCUUGAGAUGUUGCAGAGAAGGCCACAAGGUGAUACAUCAGCAAGUGCGAAGACCUCUAACAUCAGAGAAUUGGAAGUGACUGGGAAAAUUCAUAGUGUUGAAGAACUAGAAGCAAAAAUAAGGCAAGGAAUAAAUUCAACGGAAAGCCAGAAUGCGACUGUGAAUUCAAAUACAAAAAAGGAAGAAGAUUUAUCGGCAUUCAAUAAAUUGCUUGCUCAGAUUACUGAUGGGAAGGUGAUACCUGCGACAGCACCAAAUGGUCCACUUCCCUCGAAUAUACAACAGUUACAUUUUACUCAGAUGCUGAAAAACUCACAACAAAAUAGGCAAGUUAGUCGCCAGACAUCAAUUCCUGAUCAUUCUGUGAAUAUGGUAGGAGGCCUGGAGAAUACUAACUCCCAAAACAAGCAAACUACUAAUAUCUCUCAGCAGCAACAGCAGAUGCAAAUCCCCAAGGAUUUGGUUAUGAAAUUGCUGCAAGUCCAACAGCAACAGCGUCAACAGCAACAGCAGCAAGAGAUGCUGUCAAAACUGAUAGCAGCAAAUCAGCAUGUGCAGUUGGCUCAACAGAGGCAGCAACAGCAGCAAGCUGUGCCGUCUCACAUGGGGCAUUUCACCGUGCCGCCUCCUGUACACCCGGUACUUCCCGCAGUUCCUCCUUCACUGUCACCUCUACCUCCAGAGCUUCAAGUUAUGGUGAAUAAUGCUCAGCCCAGCCAUGAACUUCUGCAGAGGCCUGAAGCCAAAGCAAUAUUACAAGGUUUGAGGUAUGGUGAAAUAACAUCACACCACUUAGUUCAACAGCUGCAAAAUCCAGCCAUGCAACAUCGUCACAGAGAGGUCCUCUUGAGCAUAUUAAAGAUGCAAAUGCAGCAAGGUAUAGUUCAUCGCACUGCAUCUCCUCAUUUGCAUGCUGGUCAAGCUCCUGAGUUGCUUCAUCAGAUGAUGCUUCAACAGCAGCAGCAACAGCAUCAGCAGCAGCAAAUUAGAAUACCUUCACCUUUAAACAAUGUGGUGCCACGUGUUCCUUCUCCACGGGAAUUGCAGCUUCACACACAGAACAUAAUGCAAUCAGCCUUAAUAAAGAAGAAGUUGGAAGAACAGCGUGAAAAUUACAGAAAGAGGCAAGAAAUGCAACAGUCACUCUCUCCCAAUGUGUCAUCAUUGUCAAAUGCAGGAGGAAAUUCAGUUAAGACUGGAGAUUCUGCACCUCCAAAACUUAUAUCCCCCACACCUCUUGCCUUUACACCAACUUCUGUGCUGAGGAAGAUGACAGCUGAAAAGGAUCCUGAAAACAGUGCAACAAGCAACAGAAGUGAAACAAAAUCUGCAGAGCAACAAAAGAUGUUGCAGCAGCAGCAGCAGCAGCUGCCUAUCAACCCACCAACUUCACAGCAGCAGUCCUCCAUAUCACAGACAAGAUCACAGUUGCAGCAGGCAGUUCCAACUACUUGGAAUGUCAAUCUGCCAAAACAGCAACAGGGUCGUCCAAUUGUGAAAGGAAAUGGUAAUUUCCAUUACGGCUCAAGUAUAGACUACCAACAGCAACAGCAGCAGCAACAAAUCCAUCAACAACGCCAUAAUGUUGUUCUGCAGGGCAGUGGAAGUUACGGUAGCAAUGUAGGAGCAACACGGUCAAAACUGGUGACACACCCUCAGAAUGUAGCAGCUGCUGUGGCCACACAACAGUUAAACUCCUUAAUGCUGAUGCACAGGCCACCUCCAUCAGUAACACAAAAUCAUCCUGGGGCAAGAGCUCAAACACUGCAAGCUCAGCUGGUAGGCUAUCAGCAGUCGCAGCAGCAGCAGCGAAACAUCAAUCCUGCUGUGCAACAGAUUUUGCCCAACCAGAGCUAUAAUACAGGGCGCAACACUUCAAAGCCAGGCACAGUUGCAGAGUCACGGUUGGGCGGAGGACUGCAGCGACCAUCUCAGCAACAGCCGCAACAACAAGUUCAGCAGCUCGUAACACGGAACAGUGCAAUUCCUCAGCAGAACAGGUCAACUUCCCCAACCAGUAACCAGUUGGCUCGCUGGUUUUCUCCAGAGUUGCUGGCCCAAGCACGUGCAGGCCAGUUGCCUAAUAUGCCCCCUGUGCCAUCAACUCCAAAUGUCUUGAGCCUUGAGGAACUGGAACGGCUGCAGCAGUCUGCAGCUGCAGCUGCCGUACACAACUAGUACCUGUCUUCUCGUUGCUGUCAUUUACUUCAUUAUGUCCCAGGCUGGUGCAGUCUGUCAUACAGAAUCUCUUCCAAAGAGUAAACAGUUCUGUAGAUAUUGGUUAGACAUCAUCACAAUGUGAGGAAAACUUCGGUGCUGGAAAGUUUAGUAGUUUGACGUGUGGGGGAGGGGGGGUGCGUGUGCUUGUCUACAUUUUUGUGUAGAUAGAAAUGUGCUGUGUGUAGUGGUGAUGCGGUCUUAUUUCCUUUAUACAUGUGACCACAAAUGUGUAAAAAGUCUGGUGAUUAAGCAUUAUACUACUUAUUUUGUAAAUUUUCUUAGAGUUUAUAUUAUGAAAGUUACUUACGUAAACUGUUAUCCCUUGCAGUGGAAGUAACCCAAGAAGAAGACUGAAUUUUCGUAAAUGUGAAUGCUACUGUUGAAGAGUGUGCUACAGAACUCUUCACUCUGUUCAGACCGAUGUUAACACAGUGAUUAGUCUUAUGAGAGUUUAACUUUUAUUGUAAGCAACUUGAAUAGGACUUCAAAAAUUUUAAAUUUUUUGUGUUGAGCAGGUGUAUGAAAAUUACUCUGAAGCUGAUGGUAGCUGUUGAAUUCUUACAUAAGUGAGCACAGUUUCUUGCAAAUCAGUUGAGAGAGUAAAGUGCAGGAGUUGCAUUAAAUAUUCUGUAAAUUUCAGACGUCACAUAAAGGUUUGAGAGGCCUAUUAUGUUUCCAGUCCAUUAAUUUGAUUUUACUGAAUAUGUUCUACUUUAGCAUGUGUAGCAGUAUUUCAUUAUCAUAGUUAAACAUUUAAAGUUAAUUAUGGCAGGCACAGGCGUGCAGUUUUAACAGAUACACAGAAACUGUAAUUGAAUGAAACUGCAUGCAGUUUAAAAAGUUAUUAUAGUAAGUUGAUGUGAUGUUGGAUUAAUCUUGUAGUAAUUUGUCAAGGAGGACAGCAGAAUACUUUUGGGUAUGAAAGUGGAACAAGUUGUAUCAAUACCGUUCUAUAGUGUAAUGACAUUCUGCACGACUGAAUAUUGUCCGUAUUUGAUGCUACUUCAUUGUUGCUCUUCAAUGUUGUUGAAAUUCUUUGAAGUAAUCGAGGUGAUUAUGAACUGACAUUCCUUUAAAAGUUUUAAAAUGUUGUUGUUUAUCUUGAUUUAUAAACUUUCAUUUUUCUUUGUAUUUUGAAUGCGUGUGUACAUUAAACAAAACUGCCAUAACUUGUUCUUUCGCUCAGUGCUGCCUGAGGAAAUAUUUUUAUGAUUGCAGUAAGCAACAUACAUGUUUCCAGUUGACAGAAAACAAACUGUUCCAUUAUGGUUUUCUUCAGGGACAAAAUAUAAGACUGUUUUAAAGCUUUGUGUGAUGUUUUGUGCGAAGUAAUUUUGUAGCACUUGUUUGGCCAUGUGUUCAGUGAACUGUGUGUGUAUGUAUUUUGAAUGAAAGUACAAAUGUGUGAUAAAUAUAUUUUCGAAUACUGUACAUUGUUGUGGAAAUAAGAGAUCUGUUUCUUGGGUGAUUGACCAUGACUGAUACAUUAUAGGAAGAAAAUUGUGUAGCUAUAUUCUGCUUUUUUCUGUAAAUUGCUUCAAAUAAAAUAGAGUAAAAGUAUUAGAAGAACGACAUUUUGAUGAUGUAUUAUAGUGACGGAGAGAGCAGCUGUAUAAUGUACAUAAAUGUGUAUAUAAAUAUUUAUGAAAAUGGCACAGAUGUUGGGCCAGAGCACACCAAAUUCAGUGUAUAUUGUAGAAAUCUUACUAAUGUUAAUACUCGUGAGUGCGAACAGUAACACUGCGGUGAUUGUAGUUGGUGCUGAUAGUCCAGAGGAAAAAUACAGAAGACUGUAGUAUAGAAUUUCAUCAUUAUUGAUGAUUUUCAGUUAUCAGCAUUGAUUACAUUGAAACAGUUGAAAAAUUGUAAUAAGUUUGUGCCAGGCAUUGUUCCCAGUGUUUUCUUGAUUUUCUUUUGAAAUGUCAUUGUCAUUGUAAAGUGGUAGAAAACUGAUGUACAUAAAGU